CAUCAAGUCAUGUGUCUGCGACAAGUAUUUAGAGCGCUUGUCAACCCAGCUAGCGUAUAGGGCUUUCUAGAGGGAACAAAGACACCAGGGACUCAGAUUUCGUCGGCGACCUCGGAAAAUGGCUUCAAAUCACAAAUCAACCGAGGUCCCUCUGGCGAGUGAUUUUCUCUCGGGGAAGAGCACGUCGGCGACAAACGGAAAAUUCUGGCGCUGGUUCUUGGCGGGCGCGCUGCUAAACGUGUGCAUCGUCUCGGUCUCGGUCAGUCUCACCGUGCUCUACGUCCGCAGGGAGCUGCAAUCCCUCGAGGAGCAGGUGCUCAUUCAUGAGGAGCGUUUGGCAUGGUUGGAGGACUCCACUGAGAGACAAGACGACCCGAAACUGAGUGCCCCAACCUGGAGGAUUGCCCAAUUGCGAAGAGGAAGAAGAGAGCAGGAAUUCAAGGCGUCAAUCGGACGCAGCUUCCAAGACAAUGUCACACUCUCUUCGCGGCCGGAUGCUGCAAGAUACGAUCCAAGAAGCGGUGACUUCGUUUUCUGUCGAGAUGGCCGGGAUGGGAAAGACGGUGAGAAGGGACGAGACGGGGCGCAGGGACCGGCUGGACCGCCUGGACCGGCCGGACCUCCUGGACUCAAGGGUGACAAGGGGGAUUUUGGCACCGAUGAGGACGGAGAUUCAUCUGGAUUGAUGAUGCAUCGCCGAUCGAAGAGAGCUCUGGGUGACGUCAGUAAGGGUGAGACACUCGAUUCCGGGCCACAUGACGUGUAUCCUACCUUGAGACCGUCUGGGGGCGACACUUACGUCCGAUGGGGGCGCACUACCUGCCCGACUGGCAAUAACACGGAGCGUGUGUAUGCUGGUACUGUCGGUGGGUCAUAUUUUUCUCACAAGGGUGGCUCGGUAGAUUUUUUCUGUCUUCCAUCGGAGCCGGAGUGGGCAUCCACUUACAGCGACUCUACAAACUCACAGUCGUACCUGCACGGGGCGGAGUAUGAACUCCCCUUUGACCCUUUCUCCCACGACAACGCUGAGUUUCUAAAUAACCACGACAUUCCCUGCGCCGUGUGCCGCCUCCUUGACCGCGGGACCCAGCUGCUCUUCCCGGCCAAGCUGGGCUGCCCUGAGAACUGGACGGAAGAGUACAGGGGCUUCCUCAUGUCCGGGAAGUACAGUGAGGAGCAGCGGUCCAAAGCUCUGUGUGUGGACCAGGCACCGGAGGCUAUCCCCGGCAGUAAGGCCAACAGUGAAGGCUCGCGCCUCUACAUCAUGGAAGGGGUUUGCGGUUCUCUGCUUUGCCCCCCUUAUGUUCAAGGACGUGAAAUAACGUGCACAGUCUGUAGCAUCUAGAACAAAUGAGACCUAGCGUACCGACCUGACAACACCGAAGGAGACAUAUAUUCAUGUAGUAACACCAUCACAUUCCGUUUUGUCAGAGUCAAUUUGGACCGCGCAACAUUGGCAAUUGCUCCAUUCAACCAUAAUUUUCAAUUUUCAGUUUGCCAUAUUGAGGGCCUUUUCAUGCUUUAGUGUUUUUGUGCUAAUUCCAUUUAGUCAUAAGCACAAGUGUGCUGCACUGAAAUGGAACAUAUGCACCUAAACCGAAUUUGAAAAUUGAAAUUUUCAAUAGGCAAUUUAUGUGACAUAAUCAGUUAUCCUCGGAUUUAUACGCAAAGCAUCUUUCGGAAAUCCACCUGUGUGCUUUUUUUAGCUGUAACUUUAAUUUUUGAUUUGCCUUUUAGAACUUGUUUGGUGCCCUUUGGUGGUUUUUAUGCUGAGAAAUGCUUAUUCAGGAGCAACUGUCAGGUAUCAUUUCAUUUUCGACAGGAAAACCCAAUUUUGCAGCGAAUUUGGCAGAAUCGCUGGUGGAUUCGCACGGAUAUUGUCCGCUGAGCAGUCCCUUUUCCAAAAGGGGAAAUUCUCGUCUACGGCAAACUGAUGAACCCCCGAGAAUGGCAAAGAUAACCUGAAGUUGUAAUGGUGCACUUCAAACGAAAGAGAGAGAAAGAAAAAAACAAAAUUGCACAAAAUAUUUUGCACAGUAACUUACUCUUCCUGGGCUUUUUUGUGAACCGUUUAAAAACCUGGAAUCCGUUUUAUACCGUGAAUCUAUUUCCCCUAAAACUAACAACAUGAACGAAGUAUGAAGCAUGCUCAGAAUAGCUAUGCAUGGGUGUUGGUGAGUGGUACAUGUUUGAGAAAAGCAAUGUUUAAUAACAUGUUAAUGUUGAUAACUGUGUCUGGUGGAAUUUAGAAGUUACAGGUGAAUUAACGUAAACCAUCAAAUUUUGAACAUAAAAUGCAUGUACUUGGUAAUCAACAGUAAUUUAAAUACAUGUGCUCAGAUAACCACAUUUCAAGAAUAAAAUAUUGCAUGAUGUUUGUCGUUGAAUCAUA